GCUCUCCACGCAGCCCCGCCUCUCCGAGAGCGGCAGCGCGGCGCAGGCCCGGCUCUUCAGCAUUCCUGGACCUUUUUCCUUGUCUUUUCCCCCUUCUUCCCAGCAUUCCCGUUUCCGCUUUCUCACGGCUAUUCUGUUUUUCCACCUCUGAGACGCUUCGCGCCCAGGGGUUCAGUGACGUCAUCUUUCUGCGCUGCGCGGACACCCGCCGGUGGAGGAAGGAACGGCUCUGCCGCUCUUCGCUUCUUUUGUUGGGCUGCUCUUUUGAAGUCAUGGCGCCGUCGCUAUGGAAGGGGCUGGUGGGCAUCGGCCUCUUUGCCCUAGCCCACGCGGCCUUUUCCGCUGCGCAGCAUCGUUCUUACAUGCGAUUAACAGAAAAGGAAGAUGAAUCACUGCCAAUAGAUAUAGUUCUUCAGACACUUCUGGCCUUUGCAGUUACCUGUUAUGGUAUAGUUCAUAUUGCAGGGGAGUUUAAAGACAUGGAUGCCACUUCAGAACUAAAAAAUAAGACAUUUGACACACUAAGGAAUCACCCAUCAUUUUAUGUAUUUAAUCAUCGUGGUCGAGUACUGUUCCGGCCUUCGGAUACAACAAAUUCUUCAAACCAAGAUGCAUUGUCCUCUAACACAUCAUUGAAGUUACGAAAACUUGAAUCACUGCGUCGUUAAGAUUUUUACAAAUUAUGAUAACAGGACAGGACACAAAGCUGGAAUAUUGGAGUUUGGGAUACAAAACACUCCCCCAUCAGUAUUUAUAUUGAUCGCUCAGACCUAAUUAAAAAAGUCCACGACCCUUAUUUGUACACUGUUAAUCAAGUCAUUAAUGCAGUAUAAGUUAUCUGUGAAAUGAGUCUUUGAUCUUUCAUAGAGAGAAUUCUUUUUUCAUUUAAAACAAAUUCACAUUUUUUGUAAAAGUCACUGUUUUGAGCACAUUUCUUUGAAAAAUGUUGAUGGUUUUGUAAUUAUUUAUUUUCUUAGAUUUCUUUUGCACUACAGUUUUUAGGAUCCUUUUGGAAAUAGUGUGACUACUGCAUUUUGCAGCAUGAAUGAUAGUAAAUGGUCUUAAGUUCUUAACAACAAAUGGAUUUCUCUAAAGAGACCAAAAUGGUGACUUAUCAGUUUUUCUUAUGCCCCCUAAAAAGUGGCUCUGCUUCAGCAGAUACUUGCCAGUUUUUAAUUUAUCCAUGACUUCUCACCCUACCCCACUCCCAUAUACCUCCUAACAUCAGCUGUCUUGUUUCAUCACUUCUCCAGGGUUCAGUGUGCAGUGAGCAAUUUUUGUGUCAGAAAUCCCUUGUCAUAACAAAUAUAUUUAACAAACUCAACUUACGUAAAGCUACCUGUGUUCUCUUCAUAUAUCUGUAAAAAGAUGUCCCUAAUUGAUUAUGUAGUGUAAGGAUAGUUGAAGAUAGACCAGAAAGACUGUCUGUGAAUUAAUUAUCCUGCCUGUGUAGAACAGUGAUCACUGAAGAAAACUAAUUAGUUGUUACUAGCCAGUUUAACUUAUUCAAAGCCUCUGUUAUUUUAUUGCAUACUAAACUAGUGAAUUGGUUGGAGAAGGCAAUGGCACCCCACUCCAGUACUCUUGCCUGGAAAAUCCCAUGGACCGAGGAGCCUGGUAGGCUGCAGUCCAUGGGGUCGCAAAGAGUCGGACACGACUGAACAACUUCACUUUGACUUUUCACUUUCAUGCAUUGGAGAAGGAAAUGGCAACCCACUCCAGUGUUCCUGCCUGGAGAAUCCCAGGGACGGGGGAGCCUGGUGGGCUGCUGUCUGUGGGGUCGCACAGAGUCAGACAUGACUGAAGCAACUUAGCAGCAGUGAAUUAGUAAGAAUAAAGGAAACCUUAUUAAAGGUAGAUUUCAAUGAAAUUGGGCCAAAUAUGUUCUAAAUAUUUGGAACUGAUAUCUUUUAAUUUAAAAAUUAAGGUCAUAGCUUCCAAUUUGUAGCAGACUUGGAGUUUUCUGUCUUCAUUUUAUGUUGCUGAAGGUGAGGAUGAGGGUACAGACUAGAAUUUUUUUAGAAAUAACAAUUUUAGGGAAAUUUGGCUAGCUCUUUGAUCUGCUGGAAGCUUAACAUUUCUUGGUAGAGAAGGUUGCUUUUGUUGAAUUGUAUAGGUGUAAAGGGAAUUUAAAUUUAAAAAGGAAAUGUGCUUUAGGCUAGAAUCAUAAGAUGCCCUUAUCCUUGAUGGCUUUUUUUCUGCUAGUAGUGAAGCUCAGCUCUUCUGCCUGGUAACACACAGCCCAAAGUACAAGAUUAUUUUGUCAUUGGGUUUUUAAUCAUUGUUUAGUUUUGUUUUGCUAACCCAAUCUAUCUGUGGAACACUGACUCUGCUCUCUAAGGAGAACAAAGUUAGAAAUCGAAAAUAAUUUAGAAAUGAGUUUAAAAUGUGAAGUCAGGAGUUAAAGUGGUCAUAUAAAUCAAAGUAGUGUACGAGAAACAAGCUCCUUCCAUCAUGCCUGUCUACCGUUUCCUUAGGUAUGACUUGAUUUGCAAGAGCCUCUUGUUUUCUUCUCUUUUGAGGCCUGUCUUCCUUUCCUAGUAUGUUUUUUAUAAUAAAUUUAUUAAGAUGUAAAUCACGUACCUUACUAUUUACCCAUCUAAAGGGUACAAUUCAGUGGUUUUAUAAUAUAUUUGCAAAGUCGUGCAACCAUGAUCACAGUCAAUUUGAGAAUGUUGCUGUCACCCCAGAAAGAAACCCUGUACCCUUUAGUAGUCACCUGUCCUUUCCUCCCAGUGCCUCCCAAUCCUGAGCAACUAAUCUUUCUGUCUGUAUAGGUUUGUCUCUUCUGGUCAUUGAAUAUGAUUGGAUUCCCAUAGUAUCUGAUCUUUUGUGGCUGGCUUCCCAAAUAUUGUUUAGUUCUAUGUAGAGUGAGAACUUCUCAUGUUAAGAACUGUGAAUUCUCUGAAAGGAGGUGGUUGGUAAGAAUCAGUAGAUGUAAGGAGGCAAGGUCAGAUUCAUAACAAGUUUCUCAGUCAGUCGGAUGCUGAAUAGGUUUUUUGUUUUUGUUUUUUCCAGAACCAAGCAUUCAUGAUAUGUUAAUAUAAUUGUUUGUCUAGUCUCUAGAAUGGAUAUUGAAAUCUGCCUGCUCAGGAAAGUCUUGCUAAAAAUGAUGCCAAAUAAUAUGGCAAGUAAUUGACAUAGCAGACUUCAGUCAUGUCUAAUUUUGCUAGGAGCUUGUAUACCUCUGGUCAGGUGAGCUUCCCAAAUUUUUAAUUUCCUCCGGUGAAUUUAUGCUAUCUUUUUAAAGUAUGUACCAUAGGAUUGGGGUAAUUUGGAUGCAUCAUAACAGUGCUAAAUAGAUUAAGUUCAGAAGUUUUUUGUAAUGCUAUGAGGCAGUACUAAGGUAGCCAAAAAUGUAGUGAUGUGAGCAGAUUAAGCCUGCAGCUGACUAUGAUUUCAGUGACAUUCAGAAGAGUGUACUGUUGAAGGCUCUCUAGAAUAUAGGAAGGCUCACUUAAUCAGGGAAGCAGCCGAAUCCUAUGGCCUAGUGGCCCAGCUGCAGAAAAUGCAGGUCGGCGAAUUGGAGGCUGUGAAGCUCUGUAACUACCUAAUGAUUGUUUCCUGAGCAUUGUGGCUUAUUUUUGAGUGGCAUGACAGCAUCCCCUGGUUGUAUGUGGCCUGUUUUCCAUGAUGUAUUGAGUAGUGUUGUUUGUUGUGAGCAUCAAUGCCUGUAACACCAAGCUGAACACAUUCUUUUGGAUAUGUUUCCUCUCUUUAAAUGAUCUUGCCCUGUCCAAUAAAUAAAUGAUUGUCUCACCCUGUUUUUGGUAGUGGUUUUUUUUGUUGUUGUUUUGUUUGUUUGUUUGUAUGUUUUACUUUUAAUCUCAUUUUCUUCUGCUUCUCUGUCCCCAGAAAAAUGUAAGAUUUAAUUUUAACAACUAUAUUUUUCCCAGUGUGAUGCUUUUACUAAAUUCAAUGGAUACUUUACUUUUCAUUAUACAUGUAAAGUCUUACUGCAAUUUUAUGCUCUUUUAGAGUUGAAAUAGAAUGUAUAAUCUCAUUUAUAUUUGUAUUUAUGAAUUAUCAAAUACCCUUUGGAGUACAAGAAGAUUGGUCUUCAAGUAGCAGUGUCUAAUCAUUCCAGUACAAAUUUGUUAUAUAGCCAAACUGCUAUUACA